GAACUCAAGCAGGCGCUCAAGAGUGCCGGGUUGUCUGUUUCUCCGUCCGCGUAUGGGACUGGGUUGCGUUCGCCCACGUACUCGCCCACGAGUUCCGCGUUUCGCCGUGGGUUGUCGCCUACUUCGCCCACUUUCCAACCCCAGCCGAAUAUGCAACUUCUCUCGCCUACAGGCCUCCCCGCUAGUCCUCAAGUUCUGUUGCGUCUCGUUCCGGCGUCGCCCAACUCCCCGCCUCUCUCGCCUGAACAGCGUGUACAGGCUGAGCGCAGGGCUGAAGUGAGGACGCAGAUGUUCAAGAAGUUGCGUGCGUUGCCAUUGAAGCACGCUUGGACAUUCUACAGCGAAAAGGCCGUCUUGGAGGGUGAACAUGUCGCGGAGUAUUAUGCCCGUAACCUCAUGGUCAUCGAGGAAGUCGAAACCGUCCAGGUACCCACAACCCCUCUCUUUCUCUCCUUUUUCUGGUUUCAUGGUUCGCUAACGCUCACCACAGAUGUUCUGGCAAGUCUUCAACAACACCCCCCUCGACCUCCCCCAAAAAUCCAGUAUCCACUUCUUCAAACGCGGCGUCAAGCCCCUCUGGGAAGACCCCCGUAACCUCCACGGUGGAGCCUGGACAUUCCGUAUCCCAUCAUCCUACGCUCCCGCAUUCUUCCGCGAGGUACUCAUGCUCCUCAUCGGCGAACAACUCCAAGACGCCAUCACCCCCUCCGCGGCAUCCACGACGCCUACGCUCUCCUAUGCGUCACGUACACCAAUCUCCGCGAUCCGGCCCUUGAACGACGAUAUCUGUGGCGCUACGUACAGCAGUCGUUUCAACACCUAUUUGGUACAGAUCUGGCAUAGAGACGCGAGUAAUGCGAGGAGUGUGCAUGCGAUAUAUGAGAGGGUUAUGGGGGUUGUGCCGGGGGAUGUGGUGGAGCGGGUUAAGGUUUAUUAUAAGAAGCAUCAUGAGCAUAAGGAUUUUAAGAGGGUCGGGAGUGAGGGUGAGGGGUCCGCUGGGGGGGUUGUAGGGAUGACGAGGAUGAUGUGAGGGUUGAGAGGAUAGGAUUGUGUUCGGGGGGAUUGCAGGAGCAUGAGGGACAACGUCGUGUUUUAUCCUACGAUACUAGGGAUACCAUACCAUACCAUAUAUCGCAUAGC